GUGAAACAGUUCAGCUUGUUGUGUGCGAGUUCUUCUAAAGCAGCAGACAAAGAAUCCGAACCUAAAGAAAGAUAAAGAUGGCAACUGAGAGAGAUCAUAUAUCAUUGUUCUAUUGGGAAGUCUGAAGAAUCAGAGAAAUAUAUAAACUGUGAAAACAUGGAAAGGCAAAAGGAAGGUGAAAUGUCAGGACCCAGAGACAGUGCAAGAAGCAUUGAAAAGGAAGUAACAGGAAUUGAAGGUACAAAUAUCAAAGCAGAUCAAACAACUAAUGUUUCAGAGGAAAGCGAAAAUUCACAACCUGAGAGAAACCAACAACUGAACCCAGAACACAUCGACACUGACAAUGUGGAGGACAUGGAGCAAAGAAAUGAGAGUCAGGAAAAAAUAAUGAGACAGAAUUUAAAGACAAAUAACGAACCUCUGACAGAAAAUACACAAACACUUCAGGAGAAGGACAAGACACUGGAAGAGAAGGAGAAACAGCUCAAACAGACAAGAGCUGAACUGGACAAAACAAUUAAGGCGUUAGAAGACAGUCAGCGACACGUGGAGGAGAAAAACACACAACUAGAGAAUCUGAACAAACUGCUGAUGGAGAAAGAAACACAGCUGAAGAACACAGAUAAAGAGCUGGAAACCAGUACAAAUAAACUGGACACACUGGGACAGGAGCUGCAGGACAAGCAGAGACAACUACAGGACACGAUGAUCGUAGUGGAGCAACAGAAAUCUGAGGUAGCAGAAAAAAAACAAGAGCUUGAAGAGAAAGACAGACUUCUAACUGAGAGAGAGACACAGCUAAUGGAAAGAGACAAAGAGCUUCAGGAGAAAGACAGACUUCUGGCUGAAACUAGACAAACACUGGAGAUGAAGGAUGAGACCCUGGAACACAAGGGCACACAUUUUCUUCAGAAAAAGAAAAAAGGUCCUUUCUCAUUGUUGAGGCCUGGGAAAUCUGGGACUUCUGGGAAGUCUAAAGAAACAGAGGGUGCAUCUGCAUUAAGGACUGAAAAGUCAAAUUUAAAGUUUAAGCUGAUUUUAUCUGGAAAAACACUGAAUACCCACAAGGAAUUCAUAACUCGUCUUAAACAACGAGUUCACCUGAAGGAGGUGAAUACAGAGGAUGAGUGUGAUUUCAUUCUGGUUUUCUGCCCGAUUGUGACACGAGCUGGAACUGACAUUGAAGCAGCAAUGAAACGUCUACAUGAUAUUUCAGACACCAAACCUGUAGUCCUGGUGGUGCUCCAUCACACAUUUGAUCCAGAGUGUGUUGUUCUAGACAGCAGCAAAUGUGUAAACAGAAAGAAUAUGAUCGCAGUCGACUGUCUGUUCUAUGAAGAUACAGGAUUACUGCAGUGUCUGAAGAAUCAUGAAUCACUGGACAAAACUUCACAAUAUCUGGUAUUUUUAUGUAAUGAGAAAGAACUACAAAUAAAACUGAAAAAGCAAGAGCAAGAACUGAGAAAGAAAACAAGAGUCAGUGAAGAGAAAGAUGAAGAGGAUUUAGAGUAUUUAAAGAAGCAACAGAAAACUGACUUAAUGGAAAAAAACAGAGAUCUUUUGGAGCAGUUGGAAGACAAAAAGACAAAACUGGAGAGUGUGGUGAAAGAACUAGAAACCAGUACAAAUAAACUAAUAGAAAGAAAUAAACAACUUCAGGAGAAAGACAGACUUCUGACAGAAAAUACACAAACACUUCAGAAGAAGGACAAGACACUGGAAGAGAAGGAGAAACAGCUCAAACAGACAAGAACUGAACUGGACAAAACAAUUAAGGAGUUAGAAGACAGUCAGCGACACGUGGAGGAGAAAAACACACAACUAGAGAAUCUGAACAAACUGCUGAAGGAGAAAGAAACACAGCUGAAGGACACAGAUAAAGAGCUGGAAACCAGUACAAAUAAACUGGACACACUGGGACAGGAACUGCAGGACAAGAUGAUCGUAGUGGAGCAACAGAAAUCUGAGUUAGCAGAAAAUAAACAACAGCUUGAAGAGAAAGACAGACUUCUAACUGAGAGAGAGACACAGCUAAUGGAAAGAGACAAACAGCUUCAGGAGAAAGACAGACUUCUAGAGGAGAAAACAAAGCAGCUGCAGGAACAGACAGAUCCAGAAUCAUCAGCUACCAUCAGGAGAAAAAGCAGCAAGGAACUUUUACCUCCAAAAAUGAGUGAAGAGACUCAGGACUCAGCAGCACCAAUCAGGAGAAGACACAGUAUGGGGGGAAAUCGUCCAACAAUGAGUGAAGAGACUCAGGACUCAGCAGCACCAAUCAGGAGAAGACACAGUUUGGGGGGAAAUCGUCCAACAAUGAGUGAAGAGACUCAGGACUCAGCAGCACCAAUCAGGAGAAGACACAGUAUGGGGGGAAAUCGUCCAACAAUGAGUGAAGAGACUCAGGACUCAGCAGCACCAAUCAGGAGAAGACACAGUAUGGAGGGAAAUCGUCCAACAUUGGGUGGAGAAUCGUCUAGUCCACAUUAUCCUGCAUCAGUUCCUGUAGCAGAACUGAGGCUGGUGCUGCUGGGGAGGACGGGGUCUGGGAAGAGUGUAACAGGAAACACCAUCCUGGGCAGAGAGGAGAGGAACCAGGCUGCUACGUCUACAGCUACAUCUACAGCCACCCAGCAGAGUGAGAGCACACAGGGGGAGGUGGCUGGGAGGAAGGUGACUGUGGUGGACACGCCUGACUGGUUCUCUUCUGAACUCUCUCUGGAGAAGCUGAGACAGGACGUGGGACUCUGUGUCCAUCUGUCUGCUCCAGGAGCCCACGCCUUCCUCCUGGUCAUACCUCUAAAGCAGCCUACAAGAGAGGAGAGAGGGAUGCUGGAGAAAAUGGAGGAGAUCUUUGGAGAGACAUGCUGGAGAAACACAAUGAUCAUAUUCAGUGUUACUGAUGAAUGUGAGAAGAAGAACAUUGAGGACUUUAUCCAAUCAGGAGACCAGGAGGUCCAGAGACUUGUAGAGAAAUGUGGGAACAGGUUUCACUGUCUCAACAUUAAUGACAGUGGAGAUGGUUCUCAGGUCUCAGAGCUGUUGGAGAAGAUAGAGAAGAUGGUGGAAGGAAGCAGAGAGAAAUUCUACAGCAGUGACAUCUACCUGGAGAUAGAAUCUCUAAUUAGAGCAAUGAAAGCAACGAUUCUGAAGGAAAGAAAAGAGAAAAGAGAGAGAGAGGAGAUGGACAUGAAAGAAAAAAUAGAGAAGGAGGUGCAGGAUUCUCUGAGAAAGAUAGAGGGAGUGAUCGAGGAACAUGAAGGGGACAUCAGACAACUUAAUGACCGAACAACUGAACUGGAGAGAAAGAUGAAAGAAGAGAGGGAUGAAGAGAAAAAGAAAGAACUUGAGAGGGAGCUGAAACGAGAGGUAGACAAAAGAACAGAAAUGGAAGGAAAGGUGAAGAAACUAAAAGAAAAGAGAGAGAGGGAGAGAAAAGAGAUGGAGGAGAGACACAAGCAGGAGAUGGAGGAGAUCAGGGAGGUGUAUGAAGGAGAGAUCAGAAUGGAGGCAGAGAGAAAGCUCAUGAAGAUCAUCCUGCCUGAACUCCAGAGAAACAUGUUGUCCUCAAAAACAAAGAUGCAGGAAGAUUUCAGCAGACAGAUGGAGGAGAAGAACAGAGAGAUGGAGAAUCUUCAACAGAAACUUUCACAGCUCACAGAACAUCUCAGACUCAGGGAAGAAGUCUACAGGACAACAGUGAUGAGUGUAACAUCAGAACAGGCAGCAUCUAUGACUUUGAGCUCUAUUUGGCAGUCCUACAGAAAGAUAAAGAUGGCAACUGAGAGAGACACCAAACCUGUAGUCCUGGUGGUGCUCCAUCACACUUUUAAUACAGAGUGUGUUGUUCCAGACAGCAUCAAAUGUGUAAACAGAAAGAAUAUGAUCGCAGUCGACUGUCUGUUCUAUGAAGAUACAGGAUUACUGCAGUGUCUGAAGAAUAAUGACUCACUGGACAAAACUUCACAAUAUCUGAAGGAAUAUAUAAACUGUAAAAACAUGGAAAGGCAAAAGGAAGGUGAAAGGUCAGGACACAGAAACAGUGCAAGAAGCAUUGAAAAGGAAGUUACAGGACUUGAAGGUACAAAUAUGAAACCAGAUCAAACAACUAAUGAUUCAGAGGAAAGUGAAAAUUCUCAACUUGAGAGAAACCAACAACUGAACCCAGAACACAUCGACACUGACAAUGUGGAGGACAUGGAGCAAAGAAAUGAGAGUCAGGAAAAAAUAAUGAAACAGAAUUUAAAGACAAAUAAAGAACCUCUGACAGAAAAUACACAAACACUUCAGGAGAAGGAUAAGACACUGGAAGAGAGGGAGAAACAACUCAAACAGACAAGAGCUGAACUGGACAAAACAAUUAAGGUGUUAGAAGACAGUCAGCGAUACUUGGAGGAGAAAAACACACAACUAGAGAAUCUGAACAAACUGCUGAAGGAGAAAGAAACACAGUUGAAGAACAAAGAUAAAGAGCUGGAAACCAGUGCAAAUAAACUGGACACACUGGGACAGGAGCUGCAGGACAAACAGAGACAACUACAGGACAUGAUGAUCGUAGUGGAGCAACAGAAAUCUGAGUUAACAGAAAAAAUCCAACAGCUUCAGGAGAAAGAGAGUCUUCUAACAGAAAAUACACAAACACUUCAGGACAAGGACAAGACACUAGAAGAGAAGGAGAAACAGCUAAGUGAAGUAAGAGAAGAAUUGAGAAAAUCAAAUAUGACGUUAGAAAAGAAUCAGACACAAAUGAAGGACAAAGAGAGACAACUGGGGAGUGUGGUGAAAGUACUGGAAACCAGUACAAAUAAACUGGACAUACUGGGACAGGAGCUGCAGGACAAGCAGAGACAACUACAGGACACGAUGAUCGCAGUGGAGAAACAGAAAUCUGAGUUAACAGAAAUAAUCCAACAGCUUGAAGAGAAAGACAGACUUCUAACUGAGAUAGAGACACAGCUAAUGGAAAGAGACAAAGAGCUUCAGGAGAAAGACAGACUUCUGACAGAAAAUAUACAAACACUUCAGGAGAAAGACAAGACACUGGAAGAGAAGGAGAAACAGCCCAAACAGACAAGAACUGAACUGGAAAAAACAAUUAAGGCGUUAGAAGACAGUCAGCGACACGUGGAGGAGAAAAACACACAACUACAGAAUCUGAACAAACUGCUGAAGGAGAAAGAAACACAGCUGAAGAACACAGAUAAAGAGCUGGAAACCAGUACAAAUAAACUGGACACACUGGGACAGGAGCUGCAGGACAAGCAGAGACAACUACAGGACGCAAUGAUUGUAGUGGAGCAACAGAAAUCUGAGUUAGCAGAAAAAAACCAACAGCUUGAAGAGAAAGAGAGACUUCUAACUGAGAGAGAGACACAGCUAAUGGGAAGAGACAAAGAGCUUCUGGAGAAAGACAGACUUCUGGCACCAAUCAGGAGAAGAAACAGUAUGGAGGUAUAUGGUCCAACAAUGGGUGGAGAAUCGUCUAGUCCACAUUAUCCAGCGUCGGUUCCUGUAGCAGAACUGAGGCUGGUGCUGCUGGGGAGGACGGGGUCUGGGAAGAGUGUAACAGGAAACACCAUCCUGGGCAGAGAGGAGAGGAACCAGGCUGCUACAUCUACAGCUACAUCUACAGCCACCCAGCAGAGUGAGAGCACACAGGGGGAGGUGGCUGGGAGGAAGGUGACUGUGGUGGACACGCCUGACUGGUUCUCUUCUGAACUCUCUCUGGAGAAGCUGAGACAGGACGUGGGACUCUGUGUCCGUCUGUCUGCUCCAGGACCCCAUGCCUUCAUUCUGGUCAUACCUCUAAAGCAGCCUACAGGAGAGGACAGAGGGAUGCUGGAGAAAAUGGAGGAGAUCUUUGGAGAGACAUGCUGGAGAAACACAAUGAUCAUAUUCAGUGUUACUGGUGAAUGUGAGAAGAAGAACAUUGAGGACUUCAUCCAAUCAGGAGACCAGGAGGUCCAGAGACUUGUAGAGAAAUGUGGGAACAGGUUUCACUGUCUCAACAUUAAUGAGAGUGGAGAUGGUUCUCAGGUCUCAGAGCUGUUGGAGAAGAUAGAGAAGAUGGUGGAAGGAAGCAGAGAGAAAUUCUACAGCAGUGAUAUCUACCUGGAGACUGAAUCUCAGAUCAGAGCAAUGGAAGUUACUAUUCUGAAGGAAACUGAAGAGAAAAGAGAGAGAGAGAAGAUGGACAUGAAAUUAAAAAUAGAGAAGGACGUGCAGGAUUCUCUGAGAAAGAUAGAGGGAGUGAUUGAGGAGCAUGAAGGGGACAUCAGACAACUUAAUGACCGAACAACUGAACUGGAGAGAAAGAUGAAAGCAGAGAGGGAUGAAGAGAAAAAGAAAGAACUUGAGAGGGAGCUGAAACGAGAAGUAGACAAAAGAACAGAAAUGGAAGGAAAGGUGAAGAAACUAAAAGAAAAGAGAGAGAGGGAGAGAAAAGAGAUGGAGGAAAGGCACAAGCAGGAGAUGGAGGAGAUCAGGGAGGUGAAUGAAGGAGAGAUCAGAAUGGAGGCAGAGAGAAAGCUCAUGAAGAUCAUCCUGCCUGAACUCCAGAGAAACAUGUUGUCCUCAAAAACAAAGAUGCAGGAAGAUUUCAGCAGACAGAUGGAGGAGAAGAAGAGAGAGCUGGAGAAUCUUCAACAAAAACUUUCACAGCUCACAGAUACUCACAGUCUGCUUGAAGAGGUUUAUGAGAAAACUGUCAGAGAAAGUUCAGAGAGAGCUUCUCUAAAAGGAGAGGCAUCAAAGGGAAUCUCUCAGAAAUUUAAAGGCUUAUUUAAAUGAGUAACAGUUUAUAAAGCUGCAGAGACUCAAAUGGUCUGAAAUGAGGCGUAUCAGCCAGUGAUGGUAGACAUGACGGAGCUAGAGACAG